UUGUGAUUGCUGGAGCUCAAACAGUGAAAAUGGAUUCACCAGCUGAAUAUGAUUAUAUUUGUCCUGUGUGUCGUGAUAUUUUCAGGGAUCCUGUUGUUUUAUCAUGUAGUCACAGUUUCUGUAAAGAGUGUCUUCAGCAGUUCUGGAGAAUCAAGGAAACUCAGGAGUGUCCUGUCUGCAGGAGAAGAUCCUCAAGAGAUGAUCCUCCAGUUAGCCUUGCAUUAAAAAACUUGUGUGAGUCGUUCCUGAAGGAGAGAAAUGAGAGGCGUUCAUCAGGAUCUGAGGAGAUCUGCAGUUUACACAGUGAGAAACUCAAACUCUUCUGUCUGGAGGACAAACAGCCUGUGUGUUUAGUGUGCAGAGAUUCACAGAAACACGUCAAUCACACAUUCAGACCCAUCGGUGAAGUGGUUUCAUCAUAUAAGGAGGAGCUCAAUACAGCACUGAAGUCCUUACAAGAGAAACUUAAGCACAAAGAAAACAUUAAAGGAGAGUUUGAGAAAACAGUUCAACACAUCAAGUCUCAAGCUGAUCACACAGAGCGUCAGAUUAAACAGCAGUUUGAGAAGCUUCAUCGGUUUCUCAGAGAUGAAGAAGAAGCUACAAUCACUGCACUGAGGGAGGAAGAGGAGCAGAAGAAGCAGAUGAUGAAGGAGAAGCUGGAGGAAAUGAACAGACACAUCUCAGCUCUUUCACACACAAUCAAAGACAUGGAGGAGAUGAAGAAAGCCAAUGAUGUCUGCUUUCUGAAGAAGUUUCCAGUCUCAAUGGAAAGAGUCCAGAUCUCACAGCUGGAUCCACAGAUGCCUUCUGAAGCUUUGAUUCAUGUGUCACGUUACUUGGGCAACCUGCAGUUCAGAGUCUGGAAGAAGAUGCAGGACAUCGUCCAAAACACUCCUGUGAUUCUGGAUCCAAACACUGCAAAUCCAUCUCUCAUCCUGUCUGAUGAUCUGACCAGUGUGAGAUGGAGAGAGAACAAACAUUUGCUUCCUGAUAAUCCAGAGAGAUUUGACGAUUAUUACUGUGUUCUGGGUUCAGAGGGUUUUAACUCAGGAACACACUGCUGGGAUGUGGAGGUUAAACAAAGUCAAUGCUGGAGUCUUGGAGUAACUACAGCAUCAAACCAGAGGAAGGGACAAGUUUUCUAUACUGAUGUCUGGAGUGUACAGUAUGAUCAGUAUGGACUGUAUGAACGGCCUGGUUUUCGUGUUAAACAGUAUCUUGAUCGUGUGAGAGUCUAUCUGGACUAUGACAGAGGAACGGUGUCAUUCUCUGAUCCUGUAACUAACACACAUCUACACACAUUCACAACCACCUUCACUGACACACUCUUUCCAUUCUUUGAUAGUUUUUCUCCUCUGAGGAUCUUACCACUCAAUAGUCAGUAAACGUUAACUUACACCUGUAGGUCUGGAUCAAGCUGCUUUCAUC